GGCAAAUGGACCCGACUUUAGGUUCUUUUCCAAGCAUGUUCUUGCUCGGUCCUUCUUGGUAUUUUACCUACUUGAUCUUGUCCUCUUCCCCGGGUUUUCUCCGUCCACAAUGGCGGUAAGACCCAAGUGACACCAUACCGACUGCUGAUGCAGCUCUUUGUCACCGACCCUCCAUGGCGUUCCAGGCGGAAAGGCAACAACAACAGCAACAAAAACAACAAAAACAAAACAAACAGGAAAGUCGCCGCGGUCUCGGUCUGCUGACUCGCGCAACCUCUGCUGGGCCUCCACCAGUUCGUUCGUUUGUUGAUCCACCACCUCGAUCCAACUUAUCCUCCGCGUCGGAGAUAUCUCUUUCCUCCUUCCCCAUCGGAAGGAAUCACCGCCCUGUUGCUGCAAGGAUACGGUACGUUCUUGUUGCUAUCACCGAGAUUCCUCUGGUCGAGACCCCAAUUUGUACGGAUGUGGUGGUGCGUUCCACUGCAUACCGAUGCCAGAGGCAGAAGUACCUGAGUGCUCCACACUGGGCUGGACGGGACCUGUGGCUAUCCGACUCAUCACUUCAUCUUUGCACCUCAGCCCAACAGCGUCUGUGCGGGUGUCUCAUUUUCAUGCUUUUCGCGACCUCUACCGACGGAUAUACGCCAUGCACUAUGCCACUCGGGGCCCCGAGUAGCCGAUUGUGUCUUUCUUUCUUUCUUUCUUUCUUUCUCUCUUUCUCUCUUUCUGUCGUUCUUUUACCAGUCCACGGUCUAUUAAUUUCAUUGUCAAGCUAAUAAUCGGCUUAUACUAGACUAGCAAUGCAACCGAAACGUGUUCU